UAAACAUUUAAAAAAAUAUUCUUAUAUAUUUCCAGCAAUUAUCUUAUAUGACAAUUAGGGGAUGGAAACAGAGUAGUGCUUACACAGGAUUAAAGGGUUAAUUUUUUAUUUCUAUUUUUAUUUUUAUAUUUUAAAAAAGAAAUGGUAGAAGAAGAGAAAUUUUUUAUAUGCUCCAAAUUGAAUUCUCUUCCAUGACCGAUUGAUUUUUUAUCACCGGACCAAAUGAUCCAUCCCCUCCUCACUGAUUAAACCGUUGAAUAUAUUUUGGGGGAAACACACACACACACACGUGCGAUCACAUGGAAAGCUGGUGAAAAUAACAGCAAAUCCAAUAGGAAUUGAUGCAUAAACAACCAUGCUACCAAAAACACAAUUCUAUAAACCUUCAUUCUUCACACUCCACCUUCAAUUCAUUCCUUCAAUUUUCCAUUUCUCAACUCUAUCUCAAGCCCAUGAAACCCUCUCUGGCCAAUCAUUGACCAUAACCAAACAAGCCUUUACUUCUCUCUUACAUUCUCACUCUUCACACCCCAACCAUCUCAAACAAAUCCAUUCACUACUCCUCACAACAGGUCUCUCCGUUAAGAACAGCCUCAUAACACAGCUUCUUACCUCUCUCUGUGUCUUGGGUGAUAUGUCAUAUGCACGCCAACUGUUCGAUGAAAUGCACAAGCCAAGGCCUUUCGUCUGGAACACCCUCAUUAAAGGGUACUUCAAAAACGAACUUCCCAAUGAAGUUGCCUCAGUUUAUAGACAAAUGCACCAUAUCGAUGUUCGACCUGACCCUUUCACGUUUCCGUUUGUUGUGAAAUGUUGUACCGAGUUAUCUGAGUUGUGGGUUGGGGUGGCUAUUCAUGCUCAUGUUUUGAAAUAUGGGUUGGAGUUCAUUGCUAUGGUGAGGACUGAAUUGAUGGUUAUGUAUGUGAAGUUUGGUGAAAUGGGUUCAGCGGAUUACUUGCUUGAGAGUAUGGUUGAGAAGGAUUUAGUGGCUUGGAAUGCUUUGAUAUCUGCGUAUGCACAAAAUGGACAUGCUAGUAGGGCUCUGCAGUUGUUUCAUCAAAUGGUUGUGGGUGAAAUUAGGCCUGAUUCUGUGACUAUUGUGAGUGCUUUUUCUGCUUGUGCUCAUUUAGGGUGCUUGGAAAUUGGAGAGGAGAUUUAUGGGUUGGCAAGAAAAGAAGGGAUUGAUAUCAAUGUAAUUGUUGACAAUGCACGGCUUGACAUGUAUGUGAAAUGUGGAAGCAUUGACAUGGCAAGGAGCUUAUUUGAAAACAUGCAUAAUAGGAAUGUCAUUUCGUGGAGUACUAUGAUUGGAGGGUAUGCCAUGAAUGGGGAGAGCAAGAAAGCACUGGAGUUGUUCUCUUCAAUGCAGAAUGAGAGGGUGCAGCCGAAUUAUGUCACCUUUCUUGGAGUUCUAUCUGCUUGUACCCAUGCUGGGCUAGUAAAAGAAGGAUGGUAUUAUUUCAAUUACAUGGUUCAAUCCAACAAAAAAGAUAUUAAACCCAGAAAAGAACAUUAUGCUUGCAUGGUUGACCUUCUUGGCCGAUCAGGACAUCUUAACGAGGCUUAUAACUUCAUCAAGAGCAUGCCCAUUGAACCGGACUUAGGGGUGUGGGGAGCUUUAUUAGGCGCCUGCACAAUACAUCAUAAUGUAGCAUUGGGCCAGCAUGUGGCGGAUUCACUCUUUGAAUUAGCUCCUGAUAUUGGUUCAUAUCAUGUUCUGUUGUCAAACAUGUAUGCAGCUGCUGGGAGGUGGCAUUGUGUUGAGAAGGUGAGGCUGAAAAUGAAAAAGAAAGGUGCAAAGAAAGUGGUUGCUUAUAGCUCAGUUGAAUUUAAUGGUCAAAUCCAUGUUUUAUAUAGUGGAGACAGAUUGCACCCCCAGGCAACAAGGAUAUACAAGAAAUUAGAGCAAUUAUUUAAACAUAUGAAGAGUAUGGGUUACAGUCCAAAGACUAGUUCCGUGUUACAUGAUGUAGACAUGGAGGAAAAGGAAGCCACACUAAACAGUCAUAGUGAAAAGCUCGCUAUUGCAUUUGGUCUUCUCAAUGUUAGACCUGAACUCCCAAUUAGAGUGAUAAAGAAUCUGAGAAUUUGUGAUGACUGCCACACUUUCUCUAAGCUUGCGUCAGAAAUUACAAUGAGAGAGAUCAUUAUGAGAGAUAAGAACCGUUUUCAUCAUUUCAAAGAUGGUUUUUGCUCAUGCAAUGACUUCUGGUGAUUGUGAGACAUAAAUAUUUCUGUGAAAAAGGCGAGAAGAUGAAAGCUAUUUAUUUUGGUGAUUUUAUAUCUCAACUGCAGUCUGCAGUUAUGAGAUGAACAAUGGUGAGCUCAUUAUGAGGGGAAGGAAACUAAUGUUCAAAUAUGGCAGAAGUCCAUCUCAAGACUUUACUCCUGGUUACAGUAGAAGACAUCGUGAAAGCUACACGAGUAGUCUGAUAAAAUAGAUUGAUAAUGUGAGCUGAAGCUCAAGUUGGAUGUAUUGUUGAGCAUUUGGUAAGCUUGUUUGGGACAGGACCAUCCAUGUGUAUCCCCCAGAAAGCAUGGAUGACAAGCUAAUAAAUGCCGCAGCUAUUGGAUCCACUACCUCACAUAGAUGAAACAACUGAUCGUCUCAUUUCCUUAGUGUUUUGAAUCACUCUACAAGCUGAAGCUGCCAAUAUUAUAUGUCUGGCGUGACACUGAAAUCUCAUUAGGUGAAUUCUCGUUACUUAAAUGGAUUCAAAGCUCCCCAAAACAGAAGGAACUACAGGUUGCUGUUGUGAUGGACUUGAUCAGCAACCAAACUGCAAGAGAUCAAUACUUACAGAAACCACAAGUGACUAAAAUUUCUCGGAUCGGACAGGUCACUUAUUUAUAUCCUUUUACUUUGUAUCCCUCUGUAUUAUGAUUGAAGCACCAUUUUUGGAAAAAGAAGAAAAGAAACCCUUUAUUUCUAGUUA